GGAAGGAGGGAGAAGCAGCAAGAAUACUGCCAGACAGCCGAGCACCGGAUUGCAUCGGCGAGAGGAAAAGAGAAACACACACACGCACACACACACAUACACAGAAAUAAUAGGGCAUGUGUAUUAGCCAAAGUGGAUGCAGCGUCACUGAGAGGCACCGAGUGAAAGUGAGGGAGUGAAUGACAGCGAGGGACCGGAGGAAUACGCAUGUGUGAUCUGCACAAACGGGAAGGGUGAGGAGCCGAGCGGAGGAGAGGAGAAGCACGGCUACUUCAGGCGAUAUCUGGGCUGGAGCCAUCCAUCCUUCCUCGAGGAGGGCUGCCUCUGUAAAUACACAGCGUUCGGAGGAGAAACCACAAGACCUGUAACGUUAGUCAUGGCAGACAUCGAAUCUCUCAGCGAGGCCCUGAAAGGCAUCAGUGUGAGCACAGAGCUGGUGGAGGAGGAGCUGAAGCCUCAUCUGGAUGUUCUGCUCAACCUGCUAUUAGAGAAGAAGAAAGGAACAGCUGAGAAAAUAGUGUCCAGUGGUGUUCUGCCUAUCCUGACUCAAGUCCUGAGGAAGAAGAGUCCACUCACCUCUCAGGUCACUUUACUGGUGGCAGAGAUGGCCAGAGAAGCCACUGUGAGGGAGCACUGCAUUGAAGCAGGUCUGGUGACCGCAUUAGUGCCUUUACUGAAAAGCCCAGACCAGGACCAGCUGCUGCACACGGGUCGAGCUAUCGGAAGGAUCUGCUUCGAAAAUGCUGUUCAGCAGACGCAGCUGGUGGAGAAUGGCGUAAUCCCCAGGCUGGUGGCCAUAAUGCAGCAGUAUCCUGAGAAUGACCCACUGGUAAACGUCUGCCUGCUGGCUCUCUGCAACCUUGCUGAUGUGGAUGCUGCACGGGAGGCUCUGACAGAAGUGGAUGUGGCUGAGGUUUUGACCCAUCAGCUGAAACGGGCUCCAGAUGCAGAACGACGGCAUCUCAUACUAGAGGUUCUUGGUUCACUGGGAGAAAGUGAUGCCCUGAAACUGCAGUUUGUGGAGUCAGGCGUACCUGAGGCUCUUUCCGAAAUGAUUCGAACUCUUCAGGGUGGCUCUGACACACAUGACCUCUGCAGCAUCAAAGUGGCCUCAAACCUCAUAGUGACUCUCCUACUGGGAGAUGAAUCAAUGCAGAAAUGUUUUGGAGAAGGGACGGGGAUGGUGUAUCAGGAUGUUCUCGCUUGGCUGCAGUCAUCAAACACUGAGCUGCAGCUGUCAGGCGCUCUUGCCAUUGCUAAUUUUGCCAGAAAUGACAGCAACUGUGUGAAGAUGCUGGAAUUAGGAGUUGUUCCUCGUAUUCUGGACCUGCUGGAGCAGCACGUAGCAGAGGGAGAUGUUUCUGUGCAGCAUGCUGGCCUCAGUGCACUUCGAAAUCUCGCCAUACCAGCCUCCAAUAAGGUGCGUAUGUUGGAGGAUGGCGUCACAGAAAGAAUUAGGAAACUUCUCUGCUCUGAUAUGCCCCCUGUCCAGUUCAAACUGCUGGGAACUUUGCGGAUGAUGGUGGACGGACAAGAGGAAGCAGCUUCAGUUUUAGGGAAGGAUGAGGCUUUGUUAGCACGGGUCAUGGAGUGGUGCGAGGCUAAGGAUCACGCUGGUGUCAGAGGCGAGGCAAACCGCCUUUUAGCAGCUCUAAUAAGACACAGCCGAAACCCUGAAGUUAUCCACACUGUCAUCAAGGCAGAUGGAGUUCAACAUCUCAUCUCAAUGGCAACCAGUGAGCAUGUCAUCAUGCAGAAUGAGGCGUUAGUUGCUUUGGCCAUUGCCUCUGCAAUAGACAUUGAGGCAGUUCAAGAACCAUUUCGAGAUGCAGACCUUCUUCCCACCUUGCAAAAGAUGCUAGAUGACCCUGACGUGGCUGUGGAGGUCAAAUUCAGUGCUUUAGGCCUGAUCUGCAGUCUUGUCAACUCCACCAUACUAAGGGAGCAGAUAACAUCUCUAAACCUGAGGGACACCCUGUCCAAACUGUCCAAUCACACCAGCACAAAGCUGGCAAAGCAGGCCGACACGGUGAUGGCUGUUCUUUCGGAGACCGCCUAGACUGACACGUCUUGCAUAGUAAUAAUCCAGACACACAUACAGACAUCCUUGUGGGGGUAUUUUCUGACAAUUAAUUCCCAAAAGGAUAGUAAAACACUCGCACAGUUACCCCUUCUAGCUUGGCAUAUAGUCAGACCAAAGCAAUAUAAAUUUACUCCACCAACUCUGGAGAAAGAGGGUGCGAUUUCAUCAUCUAACAUAGGAAGAAGUCAGCUUGUCCAUGAAUAUUUGUUGUCAGCUGUCCCAGGAACAGGACGACACGGGAGACAGACCAUCCAUCAGAUAUCAGUAAUGAACCUGCUGGCAUCCCAAACAGAAACAGCUGUAUAAAUUCAUGAGGAGUGUUCCGUGGCAAAUAACUUAGUAAAUAACCGCAUACAAACGUGUGGUGUUCUCCAUAGACUUCCAUUGUUAGAGCACUAGAUUUAGCCGAGCUGCAGUGUCUGUGUAUGAGCUUGCUGUUUGUCAAUGGAAAUUACUAACAAAUAUUUCAUUUUUAUGUUGCAUACUAAUGUACUGCACUGCUCUUAAAGGCAUAAUUUACCCCUUAAAGUAAAACCUGGUGUUAAUUUACUCACCCUGAGACCAUCCAGGAGCAUUUUCCUCAGUACAACAGUGAAGACUUUUAGCUGAAAUCAUGGUCCUUGGUGUUUCAUACAAUACAGUGGUAACUAUGACUAGAGGCAAAACAAAUAUAUUUGCUUCUCAUAAUGAUAUUUUGAGCUCUUGUGAAAUGAAACCAUCAGCUUGUACAAGAAAACCAAAACUAUUAUUUACAACAGAAGUAUUCAUUUUGUUUCAUCUGAAUAUGUUUUCAUGCUUUCAAAGUGCUGCUUGUCAUCGGUUAGCAUUGUUCAGCUAAAUAUAUUUCAUGUUCUACUGAAAAAAAAAGUAACCUACAUUGUGGAUGGCCUGAGUGAGUUAAUUCAAUAAUUUUUAUUGAUGAACUUUCUGUUUAAGCCCCAUUCACACUAAUAUGAUAACUAUGGAGAUAACUAUUUACCCAGCAAGCAUUUCUCGUUUUUAAAAGAGGUCUAAUAGAUGUCUAAUAGGCGUCUGUCACGGUCAGGGAAAAACGGAGCGAGGAUCCAAUUGCAGAGUGAAUGAAUAUUUUGUCUUAAUUAAAUAAAAUAAAAAUAAAAGGCAAAAUAAACAACCACGAGGAGGAAAACGCUAAUACAACAAAUAAACAAUCAAAGCAAACUAGGAUGGAAGGCCGGUGGGGAUCAGGGCUGGAACAAGGCAACAUCAAGACUAGGCUAUAUACAGUGACGAACGAUGAGGAACUGGUACAGGACAGCAGAUAUGAGGGGAUUAUAAACUGUAGUAAAUUAACACACAAACAGAUGAACAUAAUUAACUAAUAAUGGGUUAACAAAGAGGCUGGAACUAGACAAUAGACGGGAGAGCACAUGACACAGGAAGACAACAUAAGCCAUGCGCUCACAUUAGACAAGAUUAGAACAGGCAGCCAAUGAGAGAACUCAUUAACUACACGUUCACAAUAACAGGACAAGACUGAAGCAGGCGGCCACAGUGUAAACACAGAGCCACGUGCUUGCACAACCCAAAUAGACGCAAGCACACAAUAGAUGAACACCUUACCGUGCGCUGACACAUAUUAUACAUACAUACAUAUACAUAUGCAUAAUUAUAAUAAUAAUUCCUUAC